UGGUCUCGGGAGCCUUCCGUACCUUACACGAGGUGAAGCCGUGCCACACGGCUCCAGAGAACGCCACGGCCCGCCUCUGAUUGUGACCUAAAGAUACUGUGCAUGAUUUUCCAAUAUACGUGUGCAUACUGUGGUAUGGUUGGCACAUAUCGUGGGGAUCCUCGGGUCAUUAUGAUCCAAAUGCCCGGGCUCGUUCCCGAGAACCUGGGCUCUUCGAUCUGCUCUCGAUUAGACGGAGUGUAUGUAGACAGUUUCUACCCAGCUACCGUCUUUCUCCCAAGAAGCACCACCACUUGUGCUUGCAACGCAAUUGGCCCAACAUCUGAAACAAGCCAAGUUCGAGAGGCGGGGAAGGGGUGGAAACAGGACACGUGCGAACGCAACACUGUUCAAUUUCGCUUGUUGGGCAGUGGAGUAGUGUUCGUCAGGUUAUUAGAAUCCUGCACAGUGCACGCAGAGCCUCACGUCGCCGCGGAUUGCACAAAAUCCGUCAAGGAGCGCUGUUGUCUCCUGCCCCUGAAACCUGAUGUCCCGAUCCUCGAAGACGCGUUUUACAUCCCAGGCGAGACGCGACAACGAUGGACCCCGAGCUCCUUGUGCUCCGGACGGGACUCCGGACGCCCUUGCAAUCCAGACAUAUGUACGCCCAUAACGUUAGUGGAAGUCCUACGUUCAUACCCUACGAAGUACUAUUCCGUACACAAAGCAUAGCAACGAUAGUGUUGGAUAAAUUUGACUUGAUCCGGAC